UUUCUUUCCGCCUUUGUCUUGGUCUUGGUCUGGUCCGUCAAUGGAUAAACAGAUAAAUAAACUGUCAAUUAAUCAAUCAGUAAUCUCUUGGGAAUAGUAAUGCUAAAAAACAACCCUAGCUAUAAUCAAAGUUUUCGUAAAUUGACCUAAAAUUUUACUCUAGGUACCUCUAAAACUCCUAUUUCUACGUUAUUUCGAUCAGCUGACUGGUGUUCGUGUCUGUAAUAGUGAGUAUAAUUGAUAAAUUAUCCAAAAAAGGAGAUUAUUCGGGUUCUAAUGAGUGUUGUUUUAGGUUCAUGGUACAGAAAAAGGCUCAAACUACCACCAGGGUCAUAGAACUACACCCUGCCAGUGCUCCAAUAUCCUGUGAGAGCCUUUUUUUAUUGUAAAGUAUGUGUGCUUUGGUGUUAGAGGUGGUCCGUCAUUUUAUCGGCUGCUCCUUAACAGAAAAAAUGGAUCUACCGGUAAAUCCCAACAUACAAAAAUUUAUAUAUACAUUAAGAUUAUUACAUACACAGCAGUACAUAUAUAUAGAUUACAUACACAGAUUUCCCCAGUCUUCUACAAGGGACUAUUAUUUUUUUUUUUUUUAUCGGCUGCUCCUGGACGGAAAUGCAUCCCAAAUAACAAACACAGAUUAUUACAUACACAGCAAUACAUAGAGAGACUACGCACAUAUAUUUCCUUUGUUGUCUCCCUGCAACAAUACACUAUCAAUCAAUCAAUCAAUCUAUCACAGUCUUCAUAUCAUAUCCGGCGCGAUCCGCCUCGAUCUGCAGCAACCUCAUUCUCUCACUCCCACAGUUUCUCACUUCCCGGGCCAAAACCUUGUUCACACCUUAAAUCUCUGGUGUAUCAUGAACAAAAUAUUAACAACUGAAUCUCUCCAGCCUUUUUAUAAUAUAUGUAUAAAAAAUAAGCAUGCACUGGUACCGUGAAAAAAACAGAAACUUCAAAAUGACACGUCUGCACUCGUUUCCAUGGCAACCUGAGACGCCACUGCCACGCGCGGGUGAAGAAACAUGGACACUGUAGGUGUGUGGGCAGGGCCAAGCCGAGUGGAUGGCGUCCGCGUGGUUGGGGAGUGCGUGGUGUGGGUGGCCAGCGAGGGUCUUGUCACCACACCCAUGAUGAACCCCCAGACCACAACUACGAUAGGCCAGCCCCCACCCACAAUAGAUGAGGCUGGAGAGGACAUGAAGGAAGGGGGGCUCAGUUCCACCACUCAGUACAUCCGAAGUCCGCCCUUCACCAAGCUGGAUGCUGUGGAGAUGAGUCCCUGUGGCCGUCACCUGGUGCUGGCUGGACAGGCUGCGGGCGGGGAGAGUGUCCUAGUGUGGCGGCGGUGGCCCCUUGUGACCUCGGGCCCAGCACAAGUCAUCCUCAGGGGCCACACAGUGCAUCACAUAGAAUUCAAUGGUGGAGGUGACCAUUUAGGCAUACUGUCCACCUCCACUGCAGCCAUUAACACCACCAAGAAACAGGAGGGGGACAAGAGCACACGGCUAGUACUCUCGGUCUGGAGGUGGCCAGCGGAUAGUGAUGAAGCAGCAGACUUGACACAGGGCUGCAGUGGGGACGACUCUGUAGGGCCGCAGCAGGUGGUGGCGACAACCCUGGAUCAAGUAAGGGCAGAGCAGGUGACGCGGCUGUCCCUGAGGAGAGGACUGCCUGCUGGGGAGGUGACAGUCAUGCUGGCAGUGGGCGAGGAGGUGCAAAUGUGGAGACUGCAGGAAGGUCCACUUGGUCCUCAGCUCAUCUCCAACACUGUUGGGUUUGGUCUCCUGGCCCCUGACACCAUCUAUACCAUGUGGUGCCUCACGCCUGAUGCUUAUGUUCUUGGUGUGGGCAGCGGGUGGGUGAUGGUCAGUGUUGGUGGUGAGGUCGUGUCAAGACUGGGUGGUGGAGCAGCAGGCCCUUGCCACAAUGGACCCCUCACAGAUCUCCACAUCCACUCUUCUCACCUCUAUACUGUUGGAGGAGAUGGCUGGUUGAGGGUGUGGGAAGCAGAGAUGGUAGAGGAAGCUGCUCUCAAAACACCACGUGGCAUGAGGGAGGUGGAAGGCUGGUUUGAGGCGGGAAUCAAAACCUCUUGGCUUCAGCUGGUGCGGGAGCUAUCCAUCCACAACGGUCCCGGGACUCCCAUCACUCUCAUCUCUGCUUCUCUGCCUGGUACUCCAGUCUGGAUAGUACAGACCACCACUGGCGUGAUCUAUGGAGUGUGGGCCAGGGAGUGGACAGCUCAUGUGCUGCAUCAAGGCCCCAGUGAGCGUGUAACUGGUGUUGCUUUGUCCUCCUCCACCACCCACCACCACCCACUGCUGGCAGCCACCACCCACCAUCAUUACCUCCUGGUUGCUGCUUUACCAAAGCCCAACACAGAAGAAAGCCUCGGGGAUUUGGAUGGUGCAGUGCAGGUGGUAACCACUCUGGCCCGGGCACAGGUGGAGGGUGUUCCUAGCUGUGUUUCUUGGGCCACCUGUCAGGUAACAGGAGAGGAUGAUCUAGUGGUGAUAGGUCUGGAGGAUGGCUCACUUAAUGUUUUUCUACUCCACCUGGCACCCAAGACAUUUGAGAAGCGCCUCACACUCAUUCAGGUAGAACGUCCCCAUGAGUGCAAGAUUCAACACAUCAGCACAUCCAGGGAAGCUGAGCCAGGAGGAGGAGGGAGAGCAGGAGGACAAAGAGCAGCCCCAAUCCUAGUAACCUCAGCAGAUGAUUGCCGGCUCUUUAUCUUCAAGUUGAUAAGAGGCGCUAAGUUGACAAAACUUGACCCAGUUGGCUUUCACCAACUCAAGUUUGUGCCUGAGAGAAUCAGUGUCAAAGGGACUGUGGUCACUGUGGAUCAUCCCAGCGGACUAGCUUACGAAAUCAAUGCCCUGCCGUCACCACCUUCCCCUUCACCCGGGUCCACCACACAGCCACCAGCAGCCAGAGCUGCCCCAGACUCAUGGCUCCUACAGCAGCACUCCCUAGCAGAGGCACAGGUGGUCUGGGAGGGCAGCAAGGUGGUGCAUCAGCAGGUGUUGGAGGAGAUGAUCCACACCUGUUGCCCUGAAGUUGACUUCCCCUCCUUUCUUCUCACUCUAGCUGCCCCUGAUGGACAGUCCAUGAUAGGAGUGACAACUGAGGGUCGAAUAGUUCACACAUGUAGAAAAGCCAAGUCUAACUUCAGUGUGAGGGUCUCAAGUAAGGUGAACCGUGAUGGCUGUUGUCAGUCCAAGAAGAAAGCUCCCCAACAAGACACCAGCGAUGCUAAUGACUGCAGGAGUUUGCCUUCUUCAGGAGAGAAAUUGUUUGAUUGUGGAGAUGGAAAAUGUAACAAGCUGAUGGCUGAGGAGAAGAGGAGUUUCUCAGUAGUGGCGUGUGUUGCUGAGGAUGGAGCUUGGGCUGCUGCCUGGGUUGAUAAUGGAGACCUCUUUGUGUAUAGGGCCAAAGGUGCUUCCUUUCCCCUCCCACAUGGUGUUGAAAGGAAAUUUCGUUUAGUGAGUGUGCGGGGUGUGGGAAGCAGCGUUGUGGGGCCAAGCCUGGAGCAGCGGGCCCAUAAAGACGCAGGGGAGAGGAGGAAGACAGCCAUGGAGAACAGAGCCUCUGUACUCCAGCAGAAACUCUCCAAGUUGAAGUGGGAUUUCAGGAAGGUCACCCUAAGAGCUGAUGAGGUGGAAGGAGGAGCUGCCCUGCUGGAGGAGAUUCCUCUUCAUCCCUCCAUCUCCAACACCUUGCACAGGCUCACAACCAACAACAUGAACAAGGUGGUGUCUGGCAGCAGCCGUGAGCUGGAGCGCCUGGAGGUGCUUCUUGGCAAGUUACGGACACUCUACUCCUGGAAUCCUCUUGUCUCGGUGCCUGCCAUCCAGUUUCUCAGCUCAAGUAAGGUGCUCACUGCUGUGGACAACUCUGAGGAGGUGUUUGCUCUCCUCAGCAGGCUGGCUCAGAUUUGCCAAGGAGGACGUGAGGUUAUGGAUGGUGGGGCAAUGGGAGACACUGAAACCCCACAGUCCGUAGUGGUGGUGAAGGUUCAGGGGCUUCUUGCAUCCUGGCUGAUGCAGAUCAGAUCAGGAGGGAAAGGUGAUGCUUCUAGUUCCCUGAUGCCCUCUGAAGGUGAAGGAGCAGCAGGGGAACAAGGGGACGGCACCUACCUCUCACCCCGUCCUGCCCAUCCACUAGCGAGGAAGCCGGCCAGCAGUGAAGGGGACACCAGUGACGAGGCUGAGGAGCACCACAGUUUGGCUGCCCUAGAGGCUCAGGUGCGGGAGGUAGUGGAGCGUGUGGGGUCGGCAGGACGUCCUGGAGGCACUGAUCAUGUGGCAGAGGAUUCCCUUGACCCUGGGAGGCAGCUGCAAUGGCGACGCACAGCCCUCACUCGCCUCAAGCAGCACCGCGCAGGGGAGGCAUCCAGGAGCUGCCAGGUACUGGCAACCUACAAGAAGGAGCAUGCCAUAACCCAGGAUGAGAAAAAGGAAGGGGAGGACACUGGAGAGGGAGACAAAGCUGAGGACGAUAAAGAUGCAGAUCUGGAGGAGGAGGUUGUGGUGCCUCCAAUGACUGCCACCGUGGAGGAAGUGGAGACACACCUGUGGGCACUGCUAGGAAAGGUGGAAGAAGAGUCUCAGAAGACCAGGGAGAUGGUGAGGCAAGCUGCAGUAGCUCAAGAAAAUCUACUUGAAAAGGUCAAUCAGCACCAGAAAGAAUGGGGUCACUCCCCUCUCACCCUGCCGCACCUGCCUCACCACAUCCACACUCAGGUAACAGAUGAUUUGGUUAAUGAAUUCUACUGCGACCUUUUGGACUUGGAGGAGUCUGGGGAGGUAGGCAGUGUGGAGGAGUCUCACAGGAGGGACACAGGGCGCAGAAGCAGCAGCCAGAGGGCUUCAAGUUCACCAAGAAGGCAUGGAGGAAGUGACAAGUUCUCCCCUCCCAACACGGCCAAGGACUAUCACAAACACAAGCGGCAUGAAGGGAAGAAGGAGGGUGAUGGGACAGCUGCAGUGCCUCCCCUGAGCCUGGCUGGUUCACCUCGCCAAAGUAGAGCUAAGGGCCGCACCUCAAAGACCACCACCGCUACUCGUAACCCUCGUACCUCCAGGGGUGCAACCAUCACCUCCACCCCCAGUGCUUCAGCCAGGACGCCUAAAACCAAAACACAGCGCAGUGGGCGUGGCCGCCGCAGCGUCAGGGACAACACCCCUCGCCAACCUCCUGCACCCCGCCCUCACCUCACCCUGGAUCAAGUGCAGCAAAUCCAGUGCUCCAGAACACACCUGCUCACAUCCCUCAGCCAGGUUUCAGAGCCCCUGCAGCAGGAGGCACAAGAGGUGGAGGCAAUGUUAGAGGAGUGCCACGGCCGGGUGGUGGAGGAGCAGGGCCGCCUGGCAUGGGCAGUGCUGAGGAUAGGCCAGCUGGUGCAGGCCAUGGGGAUCAUGGUCAGGUAUAGAGACACAGAAAAGAGACUGCGCCUUGCUCUCAGAGAGAAAAUCAAGGAGCAACAGGCCAUAAAAGAAAAGGUAUUGGGGCUCAGACAAAGGAUCACUGAAUAUGAGGAGGAGCUGCAGUGCCUUGCUGAGCUGGAGGAGGAGGUGGACAGAGCCUUCACUCACUUGGUCACUGACAAUGCUCAGUUUGAAGUACAGCUCACCCGUUACUAUGAGUCUCGUGCCAUUGCUGGAGUGCCUAACCAUCGUCCGCAGUCAGCCUCCAGCAGUAGCAGAAACAGCAGUGACAGUGAUGGGGGUGACGGCAGGGGUGAGGACGAGGGUCAGGGUGGCGGUGGCAGCAGUGACAGCGGGGACAGUGACUCAGGCCUAGGGACUGACGAGGCAAGGACAGAUGGAAUUGGAGGUGGGGCAGAAGGGGGAAGGGGUGUGUGUACCCUGCGCCCCCCUGGCUGUGAUCCGGCUGUCUUCUCCCUUGUUACUGUGCUAAGGGAACUGCGGUGGCGGGUGGGUGGGGCAGCAGAGCGAGGGCGCCGGGAGAAGGCAGUGGAGGAAAGGCGUCAUGCAGCUGUCAUGAGGCGUCUACACCGAGCUGCACACGCCUCCCACACUGCUCUUGCUUCUCUCAACACCCUCCAAAGUGAGCGUGAGGAACAGCUGGGUGCCAUUUCUUGUGUGGUGUGGCUGAGGCAGAGUCAAACAGCAGGUGACAUCACUCCCCUCACUCGCCUGCCUGUCCCCAAUAUAGACCUGGACAGCAUGAUGGCUGUCAAAUGGUUUGGUAACCAGCUGGACAAUAGUGGUGGGGCUACAGCAGCCACCACCACACCCGGUGAUGGCACACUGCUCACCAAGAAGUACCUUGACCAGGUUAAUGAAAAGGUGGCUCAGGCUAAGGUGGCCCAAGAGCUGGCAGCACAGAGGCACAGGGAGGGCCGGGCGGAGCGCCGGGCCCUGGCCCAGCAAGUGGAGCAGCUGCGUGGAGAGCUUACUCAUCUCAAGAACUCUUAUCAGGUGACAAAGGAGUGCAAGCUAGGCAGCAGGACAGAGGUGGACUUAGUGGAGGUUGAGAACAAGCUGGAUGCCAGCCUGGACCUUCGGUGGCCCAGCAAAGUGGCAAGCCAAGUGGCCCGCCAUGACACUACCAUGACACAGUUCCAGGCUGACAUGGCCAGCCGAACACGAGAGUUGCGAGCGUUGCAGAAGGAGGAGGCGGCACUGGCGGCACACAUCCUGGCACUCCGGCAGGAGAGGGACCACCUGCACUACCACCUCAAGCAGACCACAGCACAGAAACGCAGUGUCUCGAAGCUUGUGAGGGGUGUGGGUAAAGCAGAGGAAGUUCGACAGUUGAGGACCACUGUAGCACGCCAGGAUGAGACCAUUGCAGCACUCAGACUUGAGAUCAACUCCCUCCGUGAUAAAACCGGAACAGUGACUCUGCCUGGACUGCCUCCAUUGCCUAAACCCACUCCAUCCCCUUCUCCACCUGCCCACUCAACCUCCACCUGGACCGAGGAACACCACUCUACAAGAACUACAGUUGGGGACAGAGACUCCCUUCCUCACACCUUCAGGCAGGAUGAACGCUCUGACAGGGAGAGCAGUGAGGGGACCACGCCAGCAGCGGCAGCAGGGGGUAGCAGUGAUGAGAAUGCUGAUGUCUCGUCAUCUUCAUCUGACUCCUGAACUGCAAUGCUGGUGUAUCACUGUUGCUGACUACACUCUCUGGUAAAUUUUGAAGGUAUAUGGACAACAUUUAGUAACAAAUGAUGGGACUGAAAUACACUUAAUGGAAUAUCAGGCAUUUUGUAGCUAAUUGCUUACAUUCACAACCAUCCAAAAAAGUUAAAGUAAAAUUUUUAUGCUGCAUUCUGUCCUGGUCCUACACCAAGACAUGAAGUUCUUUCCAUUCAUUUUGAUAUGUUCAGUGUCAUUUCAUUAGAUUGGAAUUAUUAAACUGGUCAACAAAUCUUAAAAAGUUGCUCAAAUGUCCUAACACACAUUUCUUCCAUUUUCAUCAGUAUAGUUUUUUUUUCACAAACUCUCAGUGAUGUUAGUGAUGAACAUGUCAUCAUUGAGACUCGAUAUCUAGGCCGAUCUAAUCUUAAUACAAUGGGUAGCUACAUUUGGACUUUAUGUACUGCCUAAAAGUGACAAUUAUUCAUACAAACGAAAAAGUAAAGUUCAGAAGCACUUGUAAUGUCCAUUGUACUGGUAACUGUGAUUUGUUUGUCUCUGAUUUU